UUCACAGUUUCAAAUAAUGAAAGAGUUAACAGAGCUCUUUGACUGGAUAGAUAGAGAUCAGGGCGGGACGAGCGAUCGGUUAAAUGCCAACUGUUUGCAGCUCAAGUCUGUUUGCUCCCCGCUGUCCUGCCGCUCAUUCCCCGUCAUGAUGGAUCCCACUCCCGCUGUGGUCUCCGCUCAGUGGCUGGCGGAUGCCAUCCAAAACAAACUCGUCGGUCCAAAACUCCGUAUUCUGGACGGGUCCUGGUACCUACCGAAAAGCAAGCGGGACACCAGAGAGGAGUUUAACCAGAAACACAUACCGGGAGCGUCGUUUUUCAACAUAGAUGAAUGCUGCGAUCAGAGCUCCCCGUACGACCACAUGCUGCCGACUCCCAGCGACUUCUCCCGGUAUGUCAGUGACCUCGGCAUCGGGAACGACACCCACGUCGUCGUCUACGACACCAGCGACUUCGGAUCGUUCAGCGCGCCCAGAGUGUGGUGGAUGUUCCGGGUGUUCGGACACAGCUCGGUGUCGGUGUUGGACGGAGGCUUUAAGCACUGGGUGGCUGACGGUCACCCGGUGACCUCCGACUACACCAAGCCGGAGAAGAGAGACUUCCAGGCGAGCCUGAACCAGUCCUGGGUGAAGAGCUACGAAGAUGUGCUGCAGAACAUCAAGACCAAGCAGGUCCAGGUGGUGGACGCCAGGUCUGGUGGCAGGUUCCGGGGUACGGACCCAGAACCAAGAGGAGAUAUACAGUCUGGGCAUUUCCUCGGAGCAAUCAACAUGCCCUACACAACUUUCCUGGAAUCUAAUGGAAAGCAUAAGAGCACAGAGGCCCUGACCAAGCUCUUCCAGAAUGCUGGAGUGGACCCGAAGAAGCCGAUCUGGGCCUCCUGCGGUUCGGGAGUCACCGCAUGCCACGUUCUUCUGGCUGCCGACCGGCUCGGGCACGCCGAUCUUUAUCUCUACGAUGGCGCCUGGGUGGAAUGGUUCAAGAGGGCUUCUCCAGACCUCAUCAUCUCUGAGGGGGAGGGAAAGAAGGCAUAAACCAUUUUAAAAUAAGCCAGAAGCUGGAUUCGAUUGCUGUUUGAAAUGAGACUAGUCUGUUUGCUGUGGAAAUUAAGAGUACAACACUUAACUUCUGCUGCAGGGUGUAUAUUUUUAUUUGCUAAUGUUGGGAUGAUGGAGAAUGCUAUUAAAAAACUUCUAACGUUAUAAAUUAAGUGCUUUAUAAAUGUAAGCGAACAGGGGAAGGUGUUGGUUUUCUGCAGCUGAAGAGCAUUUUAUGAAACUCUUUACAUUAUGCAGAUAUGACUUUUUUUAACAGAUCUAUGUAUAAUUUUUCUAUUUUCUGGUAUCAUGGGACAGCAGGAAUAUUACAUUCCUUGAUUAACGUUCAUAUGUAAUUAUGCACGAUUUGCUUUUUUGUUUCUGAAACAUAAAAUGAAUAAAAUGUUAUCUUGGGUAAA